AUGCGGGAGGUGGGUCGGGGGGAGCUGGGAAUGAGAACUGAAAUGGAGAAGGGACCUCAGGGAAAGAGAGAGGGAGGCGGUAACAAAGAUGGGUGGGAAUGGACAGAGACAGCAGAUGGCAUUUACUCCACUAAAUCUGCCUAUGACGUCAUCAAGUCAAGGAACAUUGUGAAUCCUCAUCACACUGCCGACAAGCGGAGAAUGGCGGAGGUUUGGAAGACGCCCGCACCCCAUAAAGCCGCUGUUACAGCUUGGAGAUUACUCCGGAAUCGCCUCCCGACGUGUGACAAUCUGGAAAAAAGGAGAGUACUCUUGGCCGAUGAAGAUAAGAAGUGUCAUCAAUGCAACGAACACAUCGAGACAGCCUCACAUCUGUUCACCAGCUGCACAAAAACUCAGGAGAUUUGGGACGAGAUUCAAAAAUGGUGCGGGAUGUGUACGGCCAGACCACCUUCAACUACAAUGCACUGGGAAAUGUUCGGACACUGUGGAAGGAAGAAAAAGAUCCGAAAGCUGCUGAAUAUGAUUUGGAUAGGAUGUGUUUGGAUGCUUUGGAAGAAAAGAAAUGAGAAAAUUUUUGAAGGAAAAGAAUCGACUGUCGGCGAGUUCAUUCAGGAGAUCAAAGCUAGAACGUGGGGUUGGAAUCGAACCUUUGGGAUUGUGGAUGUUGCUUUGAAUUUUGUCGAGUGGAACUCUAAUGAGCUUAUUUCUCGACUUGUGUAA